AUGUAUGGAGCUAGUUAUGUUCUGGAGAUGACGGAGAAGGUUGGAGAUAUAGCGUAUCUCAAGAUGGCUAUGUUGAGGGGUCCUAACAGAUCCAUAGCAGAGAAAAAGCUGAGUCCGCGUUUUAUGGGUCCGUUUCCAGUGGUGGAGCGAGUUGGACCGUUGGCAUAUAUGUUGGAGUUACAGGAGUUAGUGGCUAGGGUUUCUGAGGAUCUUAGGCCUGACUUGACAGUUCCGGCAGUGCCUGUGAGGAUUCUUGAGAGGAGAGACAAUGUUCUGCAGAAGAAGGGGAUCCCUUGUCUGAGAGUUUUGUGGGAUUUCAGUUGUUCACAGGAGAAGACUUGGGAGCCAGAAGCAAAGAUGAAGUUGAAAUUCAGGAAGUGGUUCGACAAGCAGGUUGUAGAGUGA